UUUGUGUGUUGUGUCCGCAGUGAGAGCUUUGCGAAAAGGAAAACGAUUUUUCCUAUGGAAAUAGUGCAUUUUAGCGGGCGAAACCGGUAUUAAGUGUUAGCGUAAGUUUCCGGGUUCAUUUUUCCGAUCGUUGGGUCGGAAAAUGCGCUGAGCUGGGCAAGUUUUCUGUCGAAGUAAAAAUCCAGUUCCCCGUUCUUUCGCGCGGUGCGUGUGUGUCGUCUCCAUCACAGCACCACUUAGACCUUCAUGUGUGUAUAACACUCGGGAGAGCAGCAUAAUACCAAUACAAUAUCCGAAAGCACCCCGAGGUUAGCCAAAAAGCAGGGAAUAACGAGUUCUUUUCUGUUCCGGAUCUGACGAUAGAGUUGUGAUUACUGCCAGCGGCAGGAUUCCGGGAAUCGUCCUGAAUGGCGACCAAAGGGAUUCCGGCUCUGCAGGAAGAGGCUGCCUCAGUGGCGUUGAUGUUUUGAUCGUUAAAUCCCGCUGCCACGACAAACGAGAAGAAGAAAUCUUGUUCUACCUGGCGAACAAGCGAGCUUUGGCUCGAUCCAUUUGAAGUGUUGGUUUCGAAAGCAAGCGUGAAAGGGACAGCAGCAGCAGGCAGCGCUGCGCUAAGGACUCCUCUUGUACAGACAAAUCCACACGGACGGUGGAGUGCUUCCGGGAUGUAAGGCAAUCGGCUGGAAUGCGUGUGCCGUUCGUAAUGUCCGAUUCGAGAAUAGUGCAUUUAUUCACGGUUCGCAGCCAAUAUGUCAUACGGAAAGGACGAACUAGCACAUUCCUCGCGGAUAGUGCUCCAGCAGCAGCAGGGCCGAUGAAGAAGACAAAUCUAAACUACUAAAGUGUUGCUUUUGUUCGAACCCUUAGAAAUACUCCUCAAAUCAAACCAUGCUUAAUGCAUCGGUGGUGUGCACUACAAAACAAACAAAUCGCGAAACAAGUUGUGACAGUAAUAAACAGAAGAGCAAUACCAGUUUACAAAUCAACAACGCACGUAGAACAAAACUUGUAGUACCCAGUGUAUAGUGAAUGUGUAGUUUCUGUUUUGGAAUCUUCAGGAGCAAAGCAAUUGAAACGCUCAAAGUGAUCCCUUGUGACAAUUUCUUGUAUAGCACGUUUAAUCUUUAGCUGUCUAUGGUGUGCGCUUGUACAUAGUCAAGUUAUGACACACAAUUUGGGAAUGGCAUCGUAUCGAUUACCAGGCUCCGGACUGGGAUGUCCGCCGGAUUUCAAGUCACCAUCAGAGUCACCCCAGCUGCCCAUUUCGGCGCCCAGUCAGCCGAAGAGGCGAAAAAAAAGCUCUAACGCGAACAGUGCGAACUCUGCGGCCUCGCAGCCGACGCCGACGCCCUCACCUCAAGAUUUACUGCCACCUCCACCAACGGGCUACGGCGAUACAAUUGUAGCGUCGAAUCCAUUCGAUGACACGCCCACGCAUACACCCUCUCCUCAUCUCGGCCAUAUGCACCACGGAGGGCCAGGGAUGAUGGGUCAUAUGGGCGGUGGAGGGAUGGGCCAUGGAGGUCCAAUGGGUAUGAACCACAUGGGUAUGCAUCCACAUCACAUGGGAGGACCGAUGGGACAUCAUGGACCUCCACAUGGUCCACCCCAUGGUGGUCCUCAUGGAGGUCCCAUGCACGGAAUGCCACCGCAUGCAAUGGGGCAUGGACCUGGUCACGGAUCUCCUCACCAUGGUAUGGGUCCUCACGGUCCAAUGGGACCUGGUGGUCCACAAGGUCCUCCAAUGCGAGCAAUGGGCAUGGGUAUGGGUAGUCCUAUGGGACAUCCGAUGCAUAUGAAUUCUGGCAUGGCACAAAUGGGUGGUUUAGGUCCACAUGGACCAAUACAACGAGGUGGAAUGAGCCCUAUGGGCACAAUGCCUGGAGCACAAAUGGGAGGUCUAAGUCCAAUGGGUGGCAUCAAUCAAAAUUUGUCCCCAAUGGGACCAAUGGGUGGAAUGUCACCAAUGAGUCAACAGCAAAUGAACAACAAAUCAGUAGGAAGCCCAAUGAGUGGUGGAAACAUAGGCAGUCCAAUGAGCUCCAUGCCCGGUAUGGGUUCGCCUCAUGGUGGUGGACAGGGUCAAAUGUUGGGUAGCCCAAUGAACACCAGUGGCGGUCAUAUGAACAAUGGUCCGAUGGGACCUCCAAUGAAUAGUCCUCUUGGUAAUGGACCUCCAAAUCACGUUCCCAUGGGUCCGCAUUCGGCAGGCCAUAGUCAACCAGUGUCAUCGGCCGGACAAACUGUCGGAGGACAAACUUCGCCGAAUAUGGCCGGUGUUAAUAGUAAUAAUAGAAUGAACUUACCCAACGGUGCAAUGACAAAUCAGCAAUCAGGGAAUCCCAAUCAAUUACCUCAUCAGCUGGGCCAUCAACAGCAACCGAAUAGUCAGCAAGGGCCAGGCCAAUCCCAACAGCAGCAAGCAAAUCCUCAACAUCAAAUGCAAGUGAGUCAGCCUAAUCAGUCGCCCUCGAUGAUAGCUAAUCAACAGCAGCCACCUAAUCAAUCUCCUGCCGCUCAGUCACAGCCUCUGCCACCUCAUCCACCACAUCCUCAACAGCAGCAACAAUCGCACGCGUCACCGUUGCCGCAUCAGUCACCUCAUGCUCACCAUCAGCAAGGCCCUGGUCCAAACAGUGGUUCCGUAGGUAGUGGUCCCGGUUCGGGUGGGCCGGGUCCAGGAGGUCCCAUGGGACCGCAACAGCAACAGCAGAUGAAUCCGGCUGGUGUCGGUCCUGGUAGCAAUAGUUUAGGUGGCAUGAACCCAGCUGGUAUGGGUCCUGGCGGAAUGGGUGGAAUGUCGUCGAACCCAAUGGGUGGAAUGAACCAUCACCCUUCGCAUCAUCCCGGCAAUCAUCUUGGAAACCAUCCUGGCAAUCAUCAACAAAAUCCUCACAUGCCUCCAUCGUUGGGUGGCGGCGGUGGAGGAGGAGGAGGUGGAGGUCCUAACAGUAUGCAUCAUCACAUGGGAAUGUUACCGCACGGAAAUAUGCCACCGAGUCACGCCGGACAUAGGCCACCGAUGGGUCCAGGAGGUCCCAUGGGUCCAGGUGGUCCCGGAGGUAUGGGAAUGGGAGGACCCCCGAUGGGUGGCCCCAUGGGCCAUAUGGGUGGCAUGGGAGGCGGUAUGGGUGGUAGCCCACUGCAAUCUCCUCAUAUGAUGGGUGGUCCGGGAGGACCUGGAGGACCGAUGGGUGGCCCUGGCGGCCCAAUGGGUGGUCUUGGGCCACCGGGAAAUGGGCCACCGCCAAACCAUCAUCAUCACAUGGGUAUGUUUGGCCCGAAACCGAUGCCAGUGACGUCGGGGAAACUGUACCCACCAGAUCAGUCGAAAGUGUUCAACCCACAGAAUCCGAACGCACCUCCCAUCUAUCCCUGUGGGGGUUGUCACAAGGAGGUGCACGACAACGAUCAAGGAAUCUUGUGUGAAUCCGGGUGCAACUUUUGGUUCCAUAGAACGUGCAGCGGUCUAACGGAAGCGGCCUUUCUCCUGAUUCACCACGAGGUAUACGCCGAAUGGUGCUGCGACAAGUGUCUGUCCUCCAAGAACAUACCCCUGGUGAAGUUCAAACCGUAGUCGCUAGCUGUGUAGCAGGCAAAAAAGCAGCAUCACAUCCACUGGAAUGAAUGGAAGGAGGAAAAUGGAUCGAACGACAAAAGCGCAGCUGCCGAAUUAUUAUUGUUUGUGCUUGUUUUUCUCUGCUUAUUUUUUUCGUAUGCGUUGAAUGGAAAAUCCUGUGUAAAUAGACUGCAUGCAAGAGUGUUUUGUAUAAAUGGAGCAAUUGCUUGAUUAGUGUGAGCGCUAGGUGAUUGGAUGUUUACAAUUUUGUUUUUUAUAAGAAUGAAGCCGAAUCCAUGGAAACAAAUAGCUAAAUUCUGACUGCUUACCGAUAAUGCGAGAAACGAAAGGAAUACUAAACAGCGACAUACUAGUGUUCUAUAGAAAGCAACAGAUGGGAAAGGAAGCAAAUGCAGUAGAUAGUUGAAUACGAAAUUAAAAAUGUAUGUAUAGCAACACAUGGAAGCAGAGCGCCAUAGUUAAGUUGUUUUUUUUUUUUUUAAAUUACUUUCCCAAUACAAAGUAAACUACUGUAUGAACGUCGCGACCGCGAUAGGAGUACUGUGAAAAAAUGAGUGACUAAACGCAAAACGCAUUUUGCGAGCAAUGUUUUCUACGGAAGUAAAAGUUGCUUCAGUGAAAAGGACGAUGAAAGAUAUAAUACUUAAGUUUUAGCGCGGUAAGGAAAUGGAAUCAAAAAUGGCCUUCUCAAAUAUAUACAUAGAAAGUAUGGUUUAAUUAUUAUUAAUAAAAAAAGUAAAAGUGCAGAAAAAAUAACUGAUAAGUAAGUGAAAUAUUUAUAUUAUUUAAACGCUAUCCCUGAUGAGCGAAAAUGUUAGACAGUAGCGUACUUUGAGUAAAUGAGAAUGUUCUUAGGUAUAUGAUAUGUAUUUUUUCCUGAAGAAAAUUUAUCUUUGAAGAAGAGGGGAACUAAAAAUGGUACGGAGUUCCCCAGGGAAGAAGGACGUUGUCUAGUGCUUGAUACCAUUUAAAUUGACGCCUACAAGCAUCAUAGCUGGUUGAUUAAUUUAUUCGACCCGAAGAGUUUAAACUAUCCUUCGAUUAUAAUAUUUCGGUACGGUAGAAGCAAAAUCACAGAUAAUUCGUUGCAAGCUCAAGAAACGCCCAAAAAAACGAACGCAAUAUAGACUGUACUGCUUUGAAAGGAUAGACUUUCUUUUUUGUCAAACAUGGGGCGAAACAGUUUUUUUCAAUGCCAUAGUUUUCUCUUGUGUUUGUCGGAAAAAAGGUACCGCAAUCAGGACACAUUCUUCGACCGUUUGCAUGCCUAGCUGCUCGCCUCCGCCACGAGGAACAUUGGAAUUCUGUCAAAGUUGGUUUUAAUGCAGAGCGUAAAAUCGGUCGAAGUAUUUUAUGUUGAAUUUCAUUUAUUUCAACAAUUACGUUAGUCUGAUUCGAUUCAGGAAUAAACGAAUGUAAGAAAAAAAACAUAAACAAGAGAAUAAAAGCAACAAAGAAAACAAGAGAGAUUAUAAACUUAACAGCAACACGCUUAUAGCCUUCAGAGUUUUUUUUCUGACAUUUACCUUUCAUUUAGUUUAAUUUUCGUUUAUAAUUUCUUCACGUAACGCUUGCACAAAGUGCAUACCGGAGUGUUUCAAGAAUGUUGCUCUUAGAAAUGGCUUUAAGUUCAGGUACAUCCCAAAUUGCGAAUAAAGGUUCAACAAGUUCGAACACAUCCGAAAACCGGAAAAAGCGAAAGUAAAAUAAUAAAAAUUAAUGAGCGCUGCGUUGUAACAGGACAUUUUUAGUUAAAUCUUUCUAUCGUAAUGUGUUUAAUUCGCCUGUAAAUAUAGGUCUUUAGUGAACAUUAUUUGUUAUUUUUUACUAUAACCAAUAAAUUUUAAUCAAUCUACCGA